UUUAACCCCUCUCUCUUUCGUGCUCAAUUUCAGAUAAAUAAAAUUUAGGAUUUUUUUUUUUUUUCAUAGAAGAAAGAUGGUGGGUAUAUUUUCUCUGAUGACUGGUCUACCGGGUCCAAGCGGGUUUGGAUCCGCAUCCACGGCCGAGCAAGUCACCGAGAAUGUAGAUGCCUCCAAGCUCACUGCCAUCAUCACCGGAGGAGCCAGUGGAAUUGGUGCAGAGACCGCCAGAGUGUUUGCACUUAGAGGAGCUCAUGUAAUAAUUGCAGCUAGAAACAUGGAUGCUGCAAACUCUGCGAAGCAGGUCAUUCUCAAGAGCAACCCAACUGCUCAUAUUGAUGUAUUGAAGCUUGAUCUCAGCUCCUUGAAGUCUGUACAAGCUUUUGCUGAUAACUUCAACGCGAUGGGUCUCCCACUUAAUGUCUUAAUAAACAAUGCUGGAGUUAUGUUCUGCCCUCAUCAGCUAUCAGAAGAUGGUAUUGAGAUGCAGUUUGCUACAAAUCAUCUCGGUCAUUUCUUAUUGACAAAGCUUCUCCUUGAGAAAAUGAAGAGCACAGCGAAGGAAACAGGAAUCGAGGGUCGUAUCGUAAAUCUGUCAUCAAUUGCGCAUCAUCAUACUUAUGAAAAAGGAAUUCGGUUUGAUGCAAUCAACAAUAAGGAUGGAUAUAAUGAUAAGAAGGCAUACGGACAAUCCAAGCUAGCAAAUCUACUGCACGCGAAUGAACUAUCUAGACGCCUGAAGGAAGAUGGUGCAAAUGUUACAAUAAAUUGUGUUCAUCCAGGGCUAAUCAUGACCAAUUUGAUGAGACAUUCUUUCUUCCUAAUGAAGUUCCUACAAGUUAUCACUUAUCUCUUCUGGAAGAAUGUACCGCAGGGAGCUGCAACUACGUGCUUCGUUGCUCUUCAUCCGAGCCUCAAGGGAGUGACAGGCAAAUAUUUCCUCGACUGCAACGAGAUGAAACCGAGCAUUUUGGCAAGACAGGAGACCUUGGCCAAAAAAUUGUGGGAUUUCAGCGAAAAGCUAGUUAGUUAAUUAGAUUCUUCAUAUAGUUAUAAUAUGCUUGUCAUCGUGGACUUCCUCUUGCUUUGGUUGCUUGAUAUGAAACCGAUGGGUUUUUUUUUUAAUCUACUGAAGGUUAUGCGAUACAAGUGUUAUUAAGGAUGUUAGUUAACUCUGCUAUUCUGUUAUCUGCAUAAUUGCACUUAUGAUAAAUGCUGGGAAUGUGCAAAGUGAAUAAUUCCCUUUUAUGUGCAUAUUAGAAUCUUGGUAUA